UGGACUCACCUCGUGUACUGGUCUAAGGCGAUCCGUGUGGGCAUUUAACUGUUACAGAUCGGAGGAACUAGCUCAUCUAAAGCCACCAGCUAAAAUGGCUUCCAAAGUGUCGUUUGCUGACUAUAAAGAUCCGGGAAACAUGUACAAUAUAAUUGACAGUAAUGAACCAUGGAGGGGAAGAAUGCUUUUUACAGGCCCUGAUGCCAACAGGGACCACAGGGUGACGGUGGAACAGGAACAUCGACACAUCGGUAUCGGAACCAUGUCGGCCGAGGGAACGGGAGAGGCGGAUUACAUUUGGAGAGCAGGGGCUCAGACCCCACACCCCAGGCCCCGUUCACGCAUGGUAGGGGAGGUGGGCUGGGGAGUGCCUCGUAUGACCGAUUGGAAAAUGCCUCGUUCUGGUAGACAGGUCAUGUUGGGAGAAUUUAGACAGGAGUGUGAAGAUCGCUAUUCUCAUCUUUAUCAAAACCCAUGGUACCCCGGACCCAGAGAUGACGUCACACCUGGGUCGGACGCCUCUUUGGUGAUGAAUGUGUACAGACCGAGAACGACCCCCGGGAACACUCGUGCAGGUAGUAGUCGGCCACGCCCACUAAAUAGCCCAUACAGACAGACGCCGGCUGCAACCACCGUUAACGAUGGGCGGGCAUCAUAUAACAUACUUAGGGUUUCCCAUACAGGUAACGUAGAGGAGCAGCAGAGUAGCUCGGAACAGGACGCUUCAACCACAGAGUAACAACAGCUGAGAGGGAGUUAAAGCAUGUGUAGUAGCGGGAUAAUUCUCUAGUGGCGUGGAACAUUUAGGAGGAGAUUGGUUCCCGGUGCUGCCAUCUGAUGGGAUAAUGAUCGUGAUUUUACCGUGGGACGUGCAAUACACAACUAAUGAUUUCUUUCCACAAACCAUAUCAGUAUUAUUAAUUACUAUGGAGACAUAGUCUUGCCAGUUACACGAGGUCUAUGUGUGUUGUACGCUCGCUGUUUACCGUGUUUCUCAUAGAUACCUAUAUAUAUUUAUUAUAGUGUUCAUGCACACAACAGUAUUUUCUUCAUAGCUUUUACGUUACUGUUUACUAUUUGCACACGCAUUAGAUUUAUUUAUAGCUAUUUAUAUAGAUAUGUUUAGACACACUGCUCAAUACUACAUGUUGCCGAUGACUGUAGAUUUGUUAUAUUUGGAAGUAAAAUGCUAUUCACUUUUCA